UCGUUCUUCUAGGGUAAGGAAUCCACCUCCUCAUCUUCUUGAUUACCAUUGCUUUUCUACUAUUCUUCAUCAACAUGAACCUAAGACAUUCAGAGAAGCCUCCUCAAACCCAAAUUGGCAACAAGCAAUGCAAGAAGAAUUACAGGCACUUGAAAAAGCACACACUUGGGAUCUGGUUGAUCCUCCUUCUGAUAAGGAAGUUGUGGGCAGUAGAUGGGUAUACAAGAUCAAGACUCGCUCUGAUGGCUCUAUUGACCGUUAUAAGGCCCGCUUGGUUGCUCAAGGUUGUACGCAAGAGUAUGGUAUUGAUUAUGAAGAGACUUUUGCCCCUGUCGCUCGUCUUACGUCUGUUAGAGCUCUUCUUGCCAUUGCCGCGAUUAAAAAAUAGUCUCUCAGUCAGAUGGAUGUGAAGAAUGCAUUUCUUAAUGGGGAUUUGAAAAAGACAGUCUAUAUGAAACCACCUCCGGGAUAUCCUUGUCCUUCUGAUAAGGUUUGUCUCCUUCGCAAGGCACUUUAUGGACUUAAGCAAGUUCCUCGUGAAUGGUUUGACAAGUUCAGCACUACCAUAUGCAAUCUUGGUUUUACUUCUAGCCCUCAUGAGAAUGCGCUCUUCAUUCGUAAAAGCGAACGUGGAGUUGUUCUUCUACUUUUGUAUGUUGAUGACAUGAUAAUUACUGGGGAUGAUAUUGAUGGUAUUUCUGAUCUCAAGGCCUCACUUCACCGUACCUUUGAGAUGAAAGAUCUUGGUUCUCUCAGCUAUUUUCUUGGUCUCGAGGUCAUCUCCACCGAUGAUGGCAUCUAUCUCUCUCAGGCUGAGUAUGCUUCAGAUCUUCUUGCUCGUGCUGGGAUUACAGAUAGUCGCACUGAGUCUACUCCUCUUGAGCCUAAUGUUCGAUUUACCCCUAUGGAUGGCACUAUUUUGGAUAAUCCGACUCUCUAUCGACAGUUAGUUGGCGGUCUCGUCUACUUGAUUGUCACCCGACCAGACAUCGCCUAUCCGGUUCAUGUACUUAGCCAGUUCUUGUCAGAUCCUCGUACUACUCACUAUGCAGCAGUUCUACGCAUUCUUCGCUACAUCAAAGGCACUCUCUUUCAUGGUCUUUAUUUUUCUGCCCAUUCUUCUUUGUCUCUUCAGGCUUACUCCGAUGCUGAUUGGGUUGGUGAUUCCACUGAUCGUCGUUCUACUACUGGUUACUGUUUGUUUCUUGGCGACGCUCUCAUUUCUUGGCGUGCUAAGAAGCAAACGUUCACUGCUCGCUCAAGCACAGAAGUUGAGUACCGUGCCCUCGCUGACACCACUGCUGAAGUUGUCUCGGUUCGUUGGCUUCUCGAAGAUUUGGGUGCUCCUCAGUCGUCCCCUACUAAUGUUUUUUGUGAUAACCGCAGUGCUAUUCAGAUCGCUCAUAAUGAUGUCUUUCAUGAACGCACCAAACACAUUGAGCUUGAUUGUCACUUUGUUCGGCAACGUAUCCUUAUUGAUGCUAUUCGUCUCAUUGCUGUUGGAACACUAGAUCAGACUGCUGAUAUCUUCACGAAAGCUCAUCACCCGACUCGUUUCUGGACUUUGUUAUUCAAACUCAAGUUGAACACCAAUUCACAUACUUCAUCUUUCACAACAGUUAGGCUAUCAAUAAUUUAA